UCCAAUUUUGAUACUCUCCCCACUCAUCAUCUUUCCUUUCCUCUCUCCUUCUGGGGACCCUGCUGGAUUUGUUGCUAAUCUUGAGUUAAGGUGUAAGCCCGGUUCAUAAUUCUCAAUUCUUCCCAGGCCUGAUGGCCUCUUCUCUUUAUUUUCCGGCAACUUCAGCAACCUCCGGAAGUAGUCAUCGGAAAAAUACUGCUUCUUUUUCACUCUCCGGUCGAUGGAUGGUAACCCAAUUGAAGAAUCGAAAAUAUAAUGUUCGGUGUGCUUUGGAUACUAAAGUUUCGGACAUGAGUGUAAAUGCUCCAAAAGGGUUGUUUCCUCCAGAACCAGAACACUAUCGAGGACCAAAGCUGAAGGUGGCCAUUAUAGGAGCUGGACUUGCUGGUAUGUCCACUGCAGUGGAGCUUUUGGAUCAAGGUCACGAGGUAGACAUAUAUGAAUCAAGACAAUUCAUUGGUGGGAAAGUUGGGUCCUUUGUGGAUAAGCGAGGAAACCACAUUGAAAUGGGAUUGCAUGUUUUCUUUGGUUGUUAUAAUAAUUUGUUCCGAUUGAUGAAAAAGGUUGGUGCAGACAAGAACUUGCUUGUGAAGGAUCAUACUCACACUUUUAUCAACAAAGGGAGUGAAAUUGGUGAACUCGACUUCCGUUUUCCAAUUGGAGCACCACUGCAUGGGAUUCAAGCAUUCUUGACUACAAAGCAGCUGAAGCCCUAUGAUAAAGCAAGAAAUGCUUUAGCUCUUGCCUUGAGUCCAGUUGUUCGAGCUCUUGUUGAUCCAGAUGGAGCAAUGAAGGACAUACGAGAUCUAGAUAGUAUUAGCUUCUCUGACUGGUUUAUGUCAAAAGGAGGUACACGUGCCAGUAUCCAGAGGAUGUGGGAUCCAGUUGCCUAUGCUCUUGGGUUUAUUGACUGCGAUAAUAUGAGCGCUCGUUGCAUGCUUACUAUAUUUGCAUUGUUUGCCACCAAAACCGAGGCUUCUCUAUUACGCAUGCUCAAAGGCUCUCCUGAUGUCUAUUUAAGUGGUCCUAUCAGGAAGUAUAUUAUUGACAAAGGAGGAAGGUUCCAUCUUAGGUGGGGAUGCAGAGAAAUCCUGUAUGAUAAAUUUCAUGAUGGAGAAACAUAUGUGACAGGACUAGCCAUGUCUAAAGCAACACAAAAGAAAAUUGUGAAGGCUGAUGUUUAUAUUGCAGCAUGUGAUGUUCCUGGAAUAAAGAGAUUAGUUCCACCCAGUUGGAGGGAGUGGGAAUUGUUUGAUAACAUUUACAAACUAGAUGGAGUUCCUGUUGUCACGGUACAGCUGAGAUAUAAUGGGUGGGUUACUGAGUUACAGGACUUAGAACGAUCAAGGCAACUGAGGCAAGCUGCAGGACUAGACAAUCUUCUUUAUACACCAGAUGCAGAUUUCUCUUGUUUUGCGGACCUAGCACUGACGUCGCCUGAGGACUACUAUAUCGAAGGACAAGGAUCUUUACUCCAAUGUGUGCUCACGCCUGGUGACCCCUACAUGCCUUUACUAAAUGAUGAGAUCGUAAAGAGGGUUACGAAACAGGUUCUGCUUUUAUUCCCUUCCUCCCAAGGUUUGGAAGUUACCUGGUCAUCUGUUGUAAAGAUUGGACAGUCUCUAUAUCGUGAGGCACCUGGUAAAGACCCAUUUAGACCUGAUCAAAAGACACCUGUGCAGAACUUCUUCCUUGCUGGAUCGUACACUAAGCAGGAUUACAUAGACAGUAUGGAAGGUGCAACUUUGUCAGGAAGACAGGCUUCUGCAUACAUAUGUGAUUCAGGGGAGGGAUUACUAGCCCUUAGGAAGAAGCUUGCAAUAGAUGAAGCCAAACAACAAAACGGAACUACUAAUGUGGCUGACGAGUUGACUCUCGUCUAACAACAUACAAAUUUAUGUGUGUUCAUCGGAAUUGAUCUGAGAUCAGAUGUAGAAGACGGAUGGCAUAGAGAGUAUUCUAUUAGUUGUCACCUCUUUUAGUUACUCUGUUGAAGUCUCCUUUCUAGUAUUUGGUUUCAUAAACAUAAACAGAACUCCAUUGUUCUGCAUGACAGACAAUAAUGUGGAAAUUGGAUUCUUCAAAUAAGCACUCAUUUUACAAAGGUAUUUUACUAUUAUCA